AUGCCAAUCGACUACGACCCGCCUGUCGCCAGUGCGGAGGAGCUCGAGAUUGAAUUAGUCGGCAACGACACAUCUGCAUUGCGCAGCUGCUAUCGUCAAAAAGAGCCGGCACGGAAGUUGCCCAACAUCGCGAGCGUGCCGUAUCUGAUGGUCACGGCGGAGGCGAGUUUCCACGCCACAUACGAUCACUGCACGGUGAACUAUCUGAAGCAGACUGGUGGGGAACCGGAAUGGAUCAAGUUGGGUGAGAGAGGAAUCCAUGGCAACGGCCACUUCAUGCACUUGGAGAAGAACAGCUUAGAGAUUGCCGAGGUUUUCAACCAAUGGAUCCAAAAUAAGGAGAGUGCCUAG